AUGAAGUUAAAUGCAUAAUAGUUAUCCGAAAUUAAAUCGGAACUCAAAAAAUUUUCUUCAGCCCAAAUUUCAAAAUCUUAUAAAUUAAUUGCUUAGAUUUAUAAGAGUAAUAUCGAUACUUAAGCAUUAAUUGAAAGUGAGAUAACAAAAAGCAUUGUACGCAUAGGAUAGAAAAAAUACACAGAAGAAGACGAGGAGAAAUAUUCUAAGGCAAUUAAAAUAUGUAGAAAACUAGUGAAAUCUUGGAAACAAUUAAUAUUAUCAAAUUAGCAAGCCUUUACAGAUGAUAUCAAUAAACGCGAGUCUAAGAAAGAUGUGCAGAAAACUGAAUAAAGAUAAAAAGAUAUUAAACGAGAAGAGCCUAUUAUCUAAAAAAAAGUCAGAUUAGAACAAGAGAAAAAGGAAAUCAAACCAAUUUAGCAUAAAAAUGGAACCUCUCAUAAUGCCAAAUAAUAAAACAAUGAUAGUUAAAAUGGGAAUGCCGAAUCUGUUGAUGAUGAUAAAAGAAAAAAGGCGGUUGAAGGAUUAAAGAAAUACUUCUUACAGUAGACUGGAAAAGAAGAGGCGGAAUGGUCAAAAAAGAUUGAACAAACCAUUUAUGAUCUUAACAAAAAAUCAGUUUAGAACUAUAUGGAUAAAGUUAAAUCAGCUGUUAAAUAGAUUGAUAGAAACGCUGAAUUCAGAAAUAGAUUGUUGAAUGGGGAAUAUGAUCUUGUGUCUGAAAUCAAUAAUUUAAAAUGA